UAUGUCGAAAGCUCGAGACGAGGCGAAGGAGAGCAGGAGAUUUAAAAGCUAAUUGGAACGAGAAGAAGACCUCUGAGGCAACGUGAGCCAUCAUGCCAGUCAAAACGGAGAUGGCUUCUAUGGAUCCCCCGCCUCCAGCAAACUCAGGACAGCCAGGAGUGACCAGGAGCCUCCUAUAUAACGGCUCGCGGUUCCAGGGACAUCAGAAGUCCAAGGGGCAGUCCUACGACGUCGAGGUGGUUUUGCAGCAUGUGGAUGAAGCAAACUCCUACCUCUGCGGAUACCUAAAGAUCAAGGGCUUAACGGAAGAGUAUCCCACCUUAACUACGUUCUUUGACGGCGAAAUAAUAAGUGCGAAAUUUCCCUUCCUAACGCGGAAAUGGGACGCUGAUGAAGAGGUGGAUAAAAAACACUGGGGUAAAUUCCCACCAUUCUAUCAGUAUACCAAAAAUUUCAACUCGGAUUCCUUUGACUACAAUGUUUUAAAAGAUUCCGAACACGUGUUUAUGAGAUGGAAGGAGCACUUUUUGGUACCGGACCAUACAGUCAAGGAUAUAAAUGGGGCCUCGUUUGCAGGCUUUUACUAUAUUUGUUUCCAGAAGAGCACGGCCACCAUCGAUGGAUAUUAUUAUCACAGAACGUCAGAAUGGUACCAAUCGCUGAACCUCACUCACGUGCCCGAGCACAGUGUUCAGAUCUAUGAAUUUAGAUAAAGAGAUGCCGAUAACCGCAGAUACUCAGAUGGCUUAGUGUGUAUGUGAUUCAUAUUUUAUUUGUUCCUCAUGUAAAGAUUUUUUUAUUGGAUUGUUAAGGAAAUGAUAUCAUUUUAGGGAAUAGAAUUUUACAGCUCCCACAUGCAUUCAUUCAAGAAAGAAAAUAAAGGAAGAAAUGUCCAUUGUAUAAAACCAGUGAUGAAAGACAGGUCUUGUUAUUUUAUCAGGUGGUUUUAGAUACUACUCAGUGUGUCAACAUUCUGUGAUUAUUUCUUACAAUUCUCUGUACAUCUGUCUAGGAGACUCCUCAUUUUGAAAUACAAUUUAUCACUUUUUUCUUCUGCCACCCCCGCCUUUUUUUUUUUUUUUUACAACACAAGUCCAUCUGUGUUGAAGUGGACACACCGUUUCGUUUAUACCUGCUUGUCAAUCUCGGUGUCACAUAUUACCUCUCUGGAAAAGUUCUGGUGAUAUUAGGUGAUUUUUAUAAACCUGUGUCCAAGAAUCAUCGCCAUGUUGAAGUGAUCGGUAAAAAAGAAAAAAAGAAAAAAAAAAAGAAAAUUGUUCUAUAUCUGUGAUUUCCAUAUAGGUGUUUACUGCAUUUUUCACUACUGUAUUAAUCAAAUUGAUUCUUGAUCUGUGGAAUGUUAUAGGUAUGGCUGAAGGGAAAUUUUCUAUAUACAAGGAAAGUUUUUUAUCUGUUUGCUGUUAAUGAGUAGGGGUUGGGGGAAACUAUGGAUUUUUUUCUAGUAAUUUAGUAGAUAUUGGUGUUUAUGUAAUUGAUAUGAAUAUGUUCCUAUGAUACUAUUAUUUUUAUCAAUGAGUGCUGCAUGUGAUAUUACCAGCUAAUUAAGCUUUCUCUCAUUUUAGUGACUGAUUUUUUCACGAUGGAAAUUUGCAAGCCAAACGUUCAUGUUUCAGUAUAGGGUUUUCAGAUCUAUCUAGAGUUGAUUCUUUAAACCAGUGGAUUUGUUUUAAAUUUUUGUGUAUUGAUACAAAUUCUGGAAUUCUUGUAUUGAUAAAAUUGUCAUUAUUUAUUUUCUUUUUCUUUUUUCUUUUUUUUCUAAACUGGUCAUGUAGAGUCAGCAUAUCUUAGAGUUAAUCUAAGGUACUUUUUUCCCAUUUGUCAUAGGUUUCAGAUUAUGUACUUUUUUUCUCUCUUUUUUUAUGCUACAGUGAUAGAUCAGAUAAGGUACAGAAUCAUAUCAAGAACAGCAUCUCAAGUGCUGUAGUCUGUCGGCUGAGGAGUGUUUUUGAUGUGUUUGUAUAUAAACCAUAGUCAUGACUUUCUUCUGGGCCUCUUGCCAUGCUGUUCACACCUUGAGUCUCCUCCCUUCCCCCCAGUGUACCCUGUCUGUGCUUGAGAUGGUGUUAUCUAUUAUCACCUUUUUUUCAAAGUGUGAAAAAAGUAAGAAUAUUUUUUUCUUAUUUUUUCCUGCCUGUAUGGCUGUCUAGACAGUCCCUUAUGGCCAG